AUGGACGAGAUUAGGGGAUUCAAGCAGUUUGCAGAGUGGAAGCGGGAGCUUCUACACAGCAAAGGGAUGCAGUUUGCCGACGGCCGUCCACUCUAUUUGUAUCGCCUUACGGACGACGAAUUUGACGGCCUGGAAGAGCUAUUGCGCAAGUGGCUAGGGUUGCUGCUUGAACGGCACGAUCUUGCGAGCGUUGCGGCGUUGUCAGCUUUUCCUGGGUUGUUUGUGCUGUAUGGCUCGGAAUGGUGGCGCCGUCGCUAUGAUGGAUCUGGCUUUUCGUGGGAGCCCAUCCUGCGGGACCUUGGUGCGGAUCCUAGCGAUUGGAGCCCGGGCGAACGCAGCGAAGUCGUUCGCAAAGGCCUUCAGGAAUGGAAACUUAAACCCCGUACUCAGGGCGCCCUCCGAUUUCUGGGUACCGUCGCGGUUCAGGGCGGUCUGCCGCUGCGAUUAUUGGCUUCUGCACAUGGCAAGAUCGGAUACGUAUUAAGCCGAGUGCUUCGCCUGGCAUCCGGCGCGAACGUCGCUCAAUCAGACCUGCAAACCUGGGUAGAGAGCCUAUCUGCAUACCUUCCGAAGAGUUUUCAGCAGGAGACCAUCUACACGUUAUUGACGGACGUUGCAUGGGCGGUGCUUCGGCUUAAAGAGGAGGCCCGUCUUAGUUCCUCCGAUGAUGCGAUCGAAGUGCUGGAUCGCGCGGUUCCAGAUUGGCGGGAGCGCUUCCCUCUUCCGGUUGGGGACAGGCAUGCGCGUGGCAUGAUCGAACAGCUGGUGCGCGAUGCAGCCGCAGUGCGUAUAGAACGUCGCUCGGUAGUGUUACCAGUCGAGAGGUGGAUCGAGCAGGAUACAGAUGAUUUUUGGAGAUUUAGAUCGCGCGUUGAGCUUGAUGACUCUAUUUCGCUGAAGCAGCUCGCAAGUUUGUAUGAUGUGGACGAAACUGAUUUACCUCGAUCGGCUAAAUUAUCCUUAAAGAUAGGGGAUGAGCUGGAUGUGGUUUCGCUACGCCGUAUGGCCGGCCAUCCGGCCUAUCGCGUCGAUAGAGUGCCGUGGGGAGCGACGGAUGGCAGCGCAGCAUCUGAGCACAUUCUCAGACUUAGCGCGGCUGAUGGACGUGUUUGGUCUAUUGCCGCAGCUAAAGGCGACCCGUUAGAUGCUGACCUGCCCUGGGUCUUCGCGGAAAAGGAUGGUGAGCUAGCUUUUAUCGGUCAGGGUAGUACGAGCGUAUCUGCACAUACUGCGCUAAUCGCCCUACCUGCUGGUUGGGAGGUCGAGCCUGGGACCACCUCUGAUGUAGUCGGGCUUGGACGGCUGUCUGAUCCCGAUCGCUCUUUGUUUGAGAUUUCAGGUGGGGUUCGAGUUCAUGCUACGGAUGCAACGAUUAGGAUUCGAACGGGUCAUGCAGGCGUUGAGGAAAGUUUUGAUUUAGCCGGUGACCGCUAUUGGUUAGAUUUUCAAAGUCCGCCCAAGGCGAUCCGGGGCACUCCCGCACUUUACCGGGUCGAUGAAGACGGUGGGCGGCGUAAAGUAGAUGGGCAGUUGGGUUUAAACGUCAUCGGCGCACCAACUGCAAAAACCGCCUUCGGACCGGUUGCGGUGAGAUACCCUGCGACGGGUGAGAUCCGGUUUCGAAACAGAGUUGUGUUGCUCCCUCCCAAUGCCGGUCUCAAGCUAGAGCCGUUGGAUGCAACAGUCGGUGCUCUUCGGUUCCAGAAUUGGGGUAUAUCUAGUGCGCGGGUGCUUACUCCCUCACUCAGUCAUGCUUUUGAGCGCCAGGGGGAAGAUCUACUUUUGAAGGUUAACGCCGAUCAGUCUCGCGUGGCGCCAGACUAUGUGGAUUUGGAAGUACUGUGGCCACACACGACAACCCCAGCGCGUCUGCGAGUACCUUUCCCUGCGCAGGGUGUGCAAGCGUUCGAUGGCACUGGAUCUCCGUUAGCAUCUGGUGCGCUGAUUGCGGCUCAGCAGUUGGCGGGUAUACGGCUCUCUGUGGCAGGUGGGUCCGACCAUGCGCGAGUGGAGUUGAACAUCAGUGUGAACCAUGGACGGGCUGCCCGAAAGCAUCGGUUACGAUCCCUUCCUGGCGCUCUGAGUGUAGAGAUUCGCUUGCAGGAAUUUCUCGCCGAUAUCCUAGAGCUUCUAUCUUCCGAUGAUACGCCGGAUGCGCUACUGAAGCUCAGCAUAGCGGUAGAUGGAGUGGAUACCUUUAGCUUAAACAUAGCGCGCUAUGCGGCAGCGCUUAAGAUUGAGUCGAAUGAUGUGUGGCUGGAUUGGGAUAAAGCUGCAGCAUUGGAUCUCGACGAAUUGUCCAGCUUGCCAGUUAUGGCGAUUCGCCUUGAUCGUGUCGGGGAUGAACCGCUUGCCCUGCCUGCCCAGUCAAGCGAGGGUGUUGCUACGGGCUCAUGGCAGUUCAAUCCAUUGAAGAGGGAACCUGGGGCAUGGCUUAUCUACCCGGGGAAAGAUUCAAAGAUCCCGUUUCGACCGACCCUAUGGCCGGUGGAGGGGGUGAGUUCGCCCCCUAAUCGAUUGGCUGAGGCGAUUAACCUCUCUGCUGAAUCCGAGCGUACUGCAGCCCUAGACACCGUUAUCGAGUCCAUGGCGCAAGAUUUUGCCGCCGCGGAGUGGGGAGAUGUAGAGCACCUAAUCAGCCACAUGGGUCAUCUACCGCUCGCAACGCUUGAUAUAUGGCGCCGUUUGGCGCAAUCGGCUGAAGGCAUGGCGGCGUUCGCGAUGCGAUUAAGUAGCGUGCGCCCGGAAAUGCUGGCUAGGUUUUCGCAAGAGCUGCCGUUUGCGUGGGAAACGAUCUCCGUAUCUGCAUGGAAGGGAGCGAUGUCUGGCCUCAAUCAGCAAUGCAUCGACUCAUUUGGCGAGGAGGGUGGCACGGUCGUCAUGCGGUCGCACCUUGAUAGUCGUAUCAAAUCGUUAUGCUCUAUCAGCAGCAGCCUUUCGUUCCUGCUGGGGAUCGUCGGGUCGGAAUUCUUGCCGGAUACGCAGCAGGAUGUACAGGGAGUAAGAGCCUUAGGCACGAUGGCCGAACAAAUGCUUUUCGAGGGAGAGGGCAGUGACCUAAACGCCUUGCGCCAGGUUCACGCCGAAGAUCAAUGGCCAACUGACUUCAAUUCGGCACUGUCGUCUCUACCCCAAGAUGCUGCUUUGAAAUACCUGUACACCCGGGACGUGGAUUAUCAACUGGGCGUAGUCAAUCUUCCGCUGCUACUUGCUGUGCAAGUCGUUACCGGUCAGACCGGCGUCUGCUUUGCAGACGCUCGGCAGAUGAAUUCUUUGCGCUCACAGCGAGCAUUUGAUCCGCAGUGGUUUGAGGAAGCCUACAACCUAACGGCUGCGAUUGGGCGGCUGGGCUUCGCCAACAUACCUCUGCGCCAGCAUCUUGCGGAAGUAUUUGACCAGCCCUAUGGCGAGCAGGGUGCAUUCCUUGCAGAUCCUGCAUUUGAAGCGGUGUUUGGAUGGCGUCAGGGUGAACUGACCAUGCAAGACCUCGAGGGAGAGUUAUUAUCUUCGGACGUAGUCAAAGCGAUGGAUCAACCCCCAAGUGAGCUUGCAGGCGACUAUAGGUUCCCGCGCGAUCAGCGACCAUACACGCAUCAAAUUGAAUCAUGGGAGACGCUCGCGGAAUCUGACCCUCAAUCAUUGGUGGUAUCCAGUGGAACUGGUUCUGGGAAGACAGAAUGUUUCAUGGUGCCUAUCUUGGAUUCAUUGGCGAGAGCUCGACAACAAAACGAAGGACCACUAGUCGGUGUCCGAGCACUCUUCCUGUAUCCAUUGAAUGCCCUCAUCAAUAGUCAGCGUGAACGUCUGCGUGCUUGGACUCACGGGUUUGAUGGAGAUAUUCGAUUUAGCCUAUAUAACGGUACGACGCCGGAGAAGAGAAAGGCAGGAGAGCGUCGAGCAUAUGGUAGCGAGGUUGCAGACCGUGAGAGUUUACGUUCGGUUCCGCCACCGAUUCUUGUUACUAAUGCAACUAUGCUCGAAUACAUGCUCGUCCGUACGGCAGAUGCGCCUAUUUUGGAGCAAUCACAGGGCAAGCUCGAAUGGGUUGUGCUCGAUGAAGCACAUACUUAUGUAGGAUCACAGGCAGCAGAGGCUGCGUUACUGAUUCGACGUGUACUGUUUGCGUUCGGCGUCACGCCGGAGCAGGUUCGAUUUGUCGCAACCUCCGCGACAAUUGGUGAUCCUGAUGGCGAAGCGGGGCGUAAGCUCCGCGAGUUCCUUGCUGGCGUGGCUGGCGUUUCCAUAGAUCGUGUGCACCUCGUCGCUGGGCAGCGCCUGAUUCCCGCGUUGCCGGGUACGCAAAGCAAAAGUCAGCUAACCCUCACGGAACUGGCAGGAAUCGAUCGCGGAAUGGAAUCUUCAGCGGAACGCUAUGCUGCUCUGACAGCCCACCCCAUUGCUCGGGCGAUUCGCGAACUUUUCGUCGGAAAAGACCAGGCACAACCGGUGGCGCGAUUAUCAGAGGUUUGUGCUGCGGUUUUUGGCAGUGGGAGACACUAUACGAGAGAGCAGCAGAACGAGGCGCUGGCGUGGUUGGAUCUACUCUCGGGUACACGUAGUAAAGCAAAAGAUGAUGAUUCAGACGUUGAGUCAUAUCUGCCGAUAAGAGCGCAUCUGUAUCAUCAGACGAUGUCCGGGCUGUGGGCAUGCGCUGACCAAAGUUGCACAGAGAAAAUCGGGACCAAACUGGAAGAAGCGGAUUGGCCCUUCGGUCAGGUCUAUUUUGAUCCACGAAAACAUUGUGCCUGUGGUAGUCCAGCCUACGAGGUAGUGAUGUGCGGAGAUUGUGGGACCGUGCAUCUUCUAGCUGGUGAGGCAUCCGGCAAGCUGGUGCACUUGCGAAGUGCUGAGGUGCUUGACGAGUUUGAGUUGGAGAUCGAAGGAGACACUGGAGCCGAUGAAUCCGAUUCUGAUGAGAUCGAGGAGGAUGUAGUUGGUGGAAGACAGCACCGUGUACUAAUUGUAAACAGGGCCUCGUCGCUAACCGGAGGUCUCAACAUAGAGCGCGCUUCUCGCCAGAUCGUAGAUCGCUCCAACGAGACAUUAAACCUGCGUGCCUACGAGGACGACGGUAAUGGAUUAGCAUGUCCGAUCUGUGAAGGGCGAGAAACCCCGAGAUACCGCUUGUUUCAGCAUAGCCGGCUCGGUGCCCCAUUCCUAAUUGGUAACAUCUUGCCGACACUUUUGGAAUAUGCGCCUGACGGGGACAAAACCGCGGACCACCCUUGUCGGGGUCGCCGCCUUCUAACCUUUAACGACAGUCGUCAGGGCACGGCGCGCAUGGCCGCACGCUUGCAACAGGAUGCAGAACGGAAUCGCAUCAGGGGACUUGUGUAUCAUCUGACUCUACAGCACGGUCAGGCUACGGCGACGGGAAAAUCGGCCGAUUUGGCCAAUGAGAUUGGAAGUCUUGAGACUGUGCACGCUCAGUCUCCAAAUGAGCUGUUGGCUCAAAUGAUCGAGGACAAAAAGUCUGAGCUCGUGGCUCUAAGCAGCCCUACACCGAUUGCGUUCAAUGAUCUCGCCCAGCGUCUGUCCAACUAUGGUCGCGAUUUCGACUACAUGUUGAAACAUUAUCGACAGAAUGCUCCAGGCACUUUUGGUGAGGCGGGUGGACCUAUCGAAUUGGCCAGGAUGUUUCUGGUCCGCGAAUUUGGGCGCCGGCCCAAACGGCUGAACAACUUGGAGAGCAUGGGGCUGGUAACGGUCCAGUAUCCUAAACUGAGCGAUGUUGAGUACGUGCCCGCGUCUGUUACCCAAGUGUCGGACUUCGACUUGGACACUUGGAAAGACUGUCUGAAGAUCUUGCUCGACUUUUUUGUACGUGCGAAUGGCGCGUUGGCUUUUUCAAGAGAUUGGCGUAACUGGCUUGGUAUGCCCUUUCCUCAAAUUCAGCUAGUCAACGAAGAAGAACUGGAAGUCGGAAGAAACCAGCGUCGCUGGCCAAGGGCUGGCCGGGUAGGUACGCGAAGUCUGAUGGUUCGCUUACUUUCGUACAGCCUGGAGGUGGAUGUUGAUACACCUCUCGGCGAAGACCGAGUAGACGGACUGCUACAGGCGGCAUGGGAUUCGCUCGUCGGGCUGGGCAUCUUGCAGCAAGCCGGUGACGGACGGGUUUUGCCGCUGGACCAGCUCGCAUUUAGUCCAAUGACCCAAGCGUGGAUAUGCCCGAUAACGAGGCGUUUGCUUGAUACCACGCUUAAGGGGGUAACGCCCUAUCUUCCCGAGAUGGCGAAGGCUGCGACAGCGAUGUGCGAUCCGGUCGAGAUCCCUGUCUAUGAUAAGCCUUUUGGUGACAUUACGGACGAGAUUGAACGUAUCGAUCGUGGGCGAGAAUGGAUCGCCUCUCAGGAGGGUGUAACCAGCCUCAGGGAGCAAGGAGUCUGGUCGAACCUAAAUGAUCGGACAAUUGAACUGGCCCCUUAUUUCACCACUGCGGAGCAUUCUGCACAGCAGGACUCCUCCACUUUGGAACGCUAUGAGCGAGCGUUCAAAAACGGAGACAUCAAUCUUCUAUCGUGUUCCACGACAAUGGAGAUGGGGAUUGAUAUCGGCGGUAUCAGCCUAGUAGCUAUGAACAACGUGCCGCCGCAUCCGGCGAAUUAUCUACAGCGCGCGGGACGUGCCGGUCGUCGUCGUGAAGCUAGGUCUUUAGCUAUGACCGUAUGUAAGGCGAAUCCUCAUGAUCAGGCCGUAUUUGGGAAUAGUCGUUGGGCUUUUGACACUUCUCUACCGGCGCCGAGGGUUAGCCUUGAUAGCACGGUCAUCGUCCAGCGCCACAUUCACUCUUUGUUGCUAUCGCGGUUUCUGGCUGAAAUGCUUCUAGGAACCGAUCAAGAACAAACCAAGUUGACGUGCGGCUUUUUCUUCCUGGGUGAGGAUGCAAUGAGUUCCAGAUAUGCGUCCUGGUGCCGUGGAUUUUCGGAAAACGAAUCACCAGCGCUUGCUAGCGGAUUACGGCAAAUAUCCCGUAACAGCUCGUAUGAUGGGCAAAGUUUAAAUAGGGCGAUGGAUCAGGCCGCUUUCCGCAUGGAUGAAGUGGCGUCACGAUGGCAGGUUGAAUGGGAAAGACUUGAGGAAGAAGAAAACGAGAUUAAACAGGCAGGAGGAGAAACCUCUCCCGCAUUUAAAGCAGUAACUAUCCACAAAGAGCGAAUGUCCGGAGAAUACCUUCUUCGUGAGCUUGCCACGAAAGGUUUCCUUCCCGCCUACGGCUUUCCUACCUCCAUUGCUCCAUUCGAUAACUUGACUAUAGGUCGGUAUAUCCGCGAACAAAGAAAGCGAGAAAGCGAACGGCGCGAAGACAAUCGGUACAAGCGGCGGGAACUUGCCAGCCGUGAUUUAACGACUGCCUUGCGCGAAUACGCCCCAGGAUCGGAGGUCGUGUUGGAUGGUCUGGUAUACCGUUCAGCGGGCGUUACUUUGAACUGGCACAUUCCUGCUGAUCAGACCGCUGCGCGAGAGAUUCAGGAUAUCCGGCUUGCGUGGCGAUGUCAGCAGUGUGGGGCAAGUGGAUCGAGCUACAGCAUGCAAGCAGCAAGUCGUUGCGAUAGUUGUGGCGCGAGCCUUUCUCCCGAAAACUGCAGGGAGUUUCUAGAACCUGCUGGAUUCGCAGUGGACUUCUACAAGGAUCCUGGAAACGACGUUACUACGCAGCACUUUGUGCCGGUAGAAGCUCCCUGGAUUGAUGCUGAUGGCGAUUGGUUUCCCCUUGCCAACCCGGAGUUGGGACGCUUCAGGAGCACAACUCGAGGUCACGUCUUGCAUCAGUCGCGCGGCACGAAUGGCACUGGCUAUGCAUUGUGUUUGGAGUGUGGACGAGCUGAGCCCAUGACGGUGGAUGGAUCUCGGCCCGCUGUGUUUACCCAGCCCCACCGGAAGCUGCGUCGAAGUCGGGAAGACGGCUUGUUCUGCCCGGGGAGCGACGAUGCCUGGAAAAUCAAAGAAGGCAUAACGCUGGGCCAUGAAACGUGGACUGAUAUCUUUGAGUUACAAUUACGAACGGCUAACGGGGGUUGGCUUAAUAAUUCGACAACGGCGACGACGCUGGCUGUUGCGCUACGAGAUGCACUGUCAGAGCUUAUUGGCGUUCAAGCCAACGAAUUGGGGUGUGACGUGAAGCCAGCUCAAGGAGAGGAUGGAUUGCCGUGCCAAUCUAUUGUCAUCUUUGAUAGAUACGCGGCUGGGUACGCUUCAGCUGCGGAGAGAUACUUCGAUAAACUUUUUCAACUGGCUCGUCACCGCCUGGAUUGCACUGCGGGAUGUGAUAGUGCUUGCCCAAGUUGCGUCUUGGACUACGAUCAGCGGUUUGCAGUUGAUCGCUUGGAUAGGCAUCGGGCAAAGGAAGUAUUGACCGAUCAGUGGCUCAAUAAGCUGCGCUUGCCGGGAGAACUGGCGUUCUGGGGCGAGGCUUCACAGCCGGAAUAUCUAACGCUCUUUGAAGCGAUAUGGCACUCGGUGCGAUCGGGUGGUGCAGGUUCUGUACGUUUAGUGGUGGGUGGGGCGUCAAAGGACUGGGAUCUUGGGCCUGCCUCGCUGCGGGAGCUGAUAUACAGACUCGCAGGUCAAAAUGUCAAAGUGGAGCUGCUCGUUGCUGAUUUAGUUGUCGAAGAGUUAAGCGAUAUUGAUAGAUUCCUGCUAGCGAGCCUUGCAGACCAUCCGCUCGUGUCAGUACAUGCGUUGGAUUCUAUUCCUAAGGUUGGUAGUGGAAUUUUGAUUGCCGAAGCAACAACAACCUCGAAACAGUGGGCUCUAGCGGAUGACGUGUGUAUAGAGUUUGCACCUGGUUGGGGUUCAUCGCACAGUCCAUUGGUGACCACCCGCGAGGGACAGCUACUCGAUAAAACAGGUCGAACUCUAGCGCCUGACGAGAUUCGCCCGAAGGGAUUCAUCGACGGCGAUCGUGAAUUGGAAAUCCAGGGUGAACUGGAUGGUCCGCUUCAGGGCUUUGGCGAGCGUUUCUGGACGUUGAUCUCUGGUGAACACGCGGCCACCGAACAACUCGUAUUAUCGGGAGGUGACGAGGUGGCGUCGAUCAGUUACCAAGAUCGUUACCUUUUCACACCUCUCUCCGUUGCAACACUUGCGGAGGUCGUCGAUGGCUUACGGAGUGUUGUGGGCACGGACAGAUGGGCAGUAUCGAGCGUUGAGAUACUCACGACUGAAAAGCGUGUCACUGGUGAUAAUAGAACAAAGAAUAGAGUCUGGAGCGACUGGGCGGACAAUAGUGUUCGGGAUGGCUCCGUAGAAGCGGUCUUUGACUAUCUCGGAUUAGAAGCGAAAGCAACAGCGGGGUCUUCCGCGGGUGUUGAACACAGCCGUAAAUUGGAAAUCACUUUUGCUUCAGGCAGCUCCCUUACGGUUAGGCUUGAUCAGGGGUUGUCUUAUUGGCGAGCGUCGCGCAGCAACUCCCGGCAGGUCACCUACUUCGAUACCCAAAACACGGACACCGUCGCGAAUGGUGAGCGAUUGGCACGGAUGGCGGUAGAAGUAGAAGGUGGGCGCCUGCCGACGCAGUUGUUCGUCAAGGUGAGGUAG